GACAUUAAUUUUGAUCCUCAAGUAAGACCACAACAACCGCGUAGAUAUCCCCCUAGUCGUGUGAUUUCUUCCACAAAGCAGUCCACAGCAAUCACAAAGAUCAUCAAAAGCUAUCGCAAAGAUACACCUUCUAGUCAUAGAA